AUGGACGGUCUCUCUGCUGCUGCGAGUAUUAUCGCUGUGGUGCAACUGACAGCUGAGGUUACGAAAUACAUCAUCGGUGUUGCUGGAGCCUCAAAAGAUCGACAGCGACUGCUUGACGAAAUUUUAGCCUGCGAGGCUCUCCUCAUGCGACUCCGUGAUUAUUCCAAAGGAACUGACGGACCCGAAAUUGAGGAUUGGGACGCCGAUCAGACCAAGGCUAAUAGUGCCCAAACGUGGUCGGUCAAGGUCAAGGCUUUGGAGAGCGAUAACGCACCUUUGUAUCACUUGUAUAAGAUUCUCGAUGCUAUCAAAACAAAGCUGCAACCAGGCCACGGGAGCGGGAUCCAAAAGGCCAAGGCCGCAUUGAAAUGGCCAUUCGAUGAGAAGGAAGUGGUAAAGCUCGUCGAUGCGUUUCAGCGCGAAAGAUCACUUUUGCAUUUUGCCAUGACACACGAAAGCACACAGCUGGUGAAGCACAUCAAGGCAACCUCAGACGAUAACAGCAGACGAUUAGCCGAUUUGGUCAGAUUUAUCAAAAGCAAAGCGACUGAGGAUGAGCAACGAGUUGCUCGACUUGACCGUAUCCUGACUGACAUACAGCUGUCCAACCUCAACAUAGCAGAAGGGAUUGGGCAUCUUCAACACGGUCAGAUGAGCGUCCACCAGAAAGAAGUCCUCGACUGGAUAUCACCCGUGGAUUAUGCCCCUCAACAAAGCGACAUAUUCAGCCGGCGAGAGCCAGGAACUGGUGAAUGGCUAUUGGAAUCAGAUGAAUACAAUUCCUGGGUGAAAGGCGACAAACAAACAUUGUUCUGCCCUGGUAUUCCAGGUGCCGGCAAAACGAUCAUGGCAUCCAUUGUGGUCAAUUCAUUGCUCGAAACCUUUCAUUCCGAGAGCAACAUUGGAGUUGCAUAUAUCUACUGCAACUUCCGUCGGCGCCACGAACAGAAAGCCAGUGACCUCGUCGCGAAUCUUUUAAAGCAACUGAGUGAGAACCAGCCAUCACUAGUCAAGCCAGUAGAGGACCUGUACAAUAAGCGCAAAGCAUCUCGUACGCGCCCAUCGCUACAGGAGCUCGGUCGCGUUCUCCAAGACGUUGCCGCGACAUAUUCUCGCGUGUACAUCGUCCUUGACGCUCUGGAUGAAUGCGAGACCAAUGACGGCACACUGCCCAACUUCAUCCAACAAGUACUUGAUCUUCAAAGUGCAACAAGUACAAAUAUUCUAGCAACCUCUAGAUAUAUUCCGGAGAUCAAGGAGAAGUUCAGGAAAGCUAUCUCUCUCAAAAUCCGCGCUAGUGAGCCGGAUGUAAGGAGAUACAUGGCCGGUCGAAUGUCUCAACUCCCAGCAUUUGUUCAGAACAAACCUGAGCUUCAAGAGGAAAUUAAGACAAGAAUACUGGAAUCAGUCCAGGGGAUGUUUCUUCUCGCGCAGUUGCACCUUGAUUCUCUUAUCGGCAAGAGAUCACCGAAAGCUGUACGAGCUAUUCUCAAAGCUUUACCGAGUAACUCAAGCACGUCAAAAGCGUACGACAAGGCGUACGGCGAUGCUAUGAAGCGAAUAGAAGACCAACUGACAGAUCAAGCGAUAUUGGCAAAAGAAGCACUCAUGUGGAUUUCCUGCGCCAGACGGUUACUUAGUCCCGCGGAACUUCAACAUGCCCUUGGUAUCGAAAUAGACUCUACGGAGCUUGAUGAGGAAAAUCUUAGCGAGAUCCCCGACAUCGUUUCUUCCUGCGCUGGCCUGGUGACCGUGGAUGAACAGAGCAACACUGUUCGACUAGCACAUUUCACAACACAAGAAUAUUUCGAGCGAACACAAGGCCAGUGGUUCCCAGAUGCUGCUCUGGAAAUAUCCGUUAAAACUCUGACAUACUUAUCGUACGAUCUUAUCGUUGAUCAAGUCAGAACUGUUCGACGUCCAAAACCUGACACUGAAGCACAAAAGGAUGCAGAAAAGUCGGAUCCCGUUAUUGAUCAAUCGAAAGACGAAAAGCCAGGAUCCCCAAACCCUGGUCUUGGUCGGUCGAAAAGCCAAGAUUGGAAGAUUAAAAAUAACGUGGCGGAGAGCGACGAAGACUAUGAUGUUAAGAAGAUGCUCCAGGAUUAUCCGCUAUGUCGAUAUGCAUCAUGCCAUUGGGGUUACCACGCUCGCAACGUCUCAGAAAUGCCCGAUAUUGUGAAGAACUUUUUGUCGUCAGAGAAACUUGUCAAGGUGACUGAGCGUCUGCGGUAUGCUGGUGGAUUCAACCCUGGGACCACUGGCCUUCAUGAGGCGGCGUACUUUGGGUUCGAAGAGGCUGCAGAAUGGAUGUUGGAGAGAUGCUCGAUCGACGCACUUGACUCAUACAAUGUAUCAGUUCUGGAGAUGGCAUGUGGCCUUGGCCACCUUUCGCUCGCCGAAACACUCCUCAAAAAGGGCGCAAAUCUACGGGGGACGCCAAUUACAUAUGCAGCUCGACGAGGGCAAAAUGCUAUCGUAACAUACCUUUUCCAAUAUGGCGCGCCACUGGAACAAGGCGCACUAGAGGCGGCUUUCAGACAUUUCAAGGAUUCCAAGAUAUCAGUCGACAAGGUUCCCAUGUUCCAGACGCUUUUGGAACACGGCGCUGACCCUAAUAUAUUGAUUGACGAAACGUCGCGACCUCUGCAUCAUGCCACCAAGGAUAGAGUCGAACCUCUCGUUCAGCUCUUACUCGACCACGCGGCUGAUGUGAACGGACGAGACAAGGAAGGCCGAACAGCACUACACCUCGCGGUUGAUUCAGAAAUGGAGCCAUUGGUGCGACUCCUCGUGGAUCGUGGAGCUGAAAUUAACGCGCAAGAUGACCAAGGUCACACUCCGCUUUAUCAUGCCGCUGGGCGUGAUAUCGAUCCCAUCGUGCAGUAUCUGAUUGAACAUGGUGCCAAUGCCAUCCUGCAAGACAAACAUGGACUUUCAGUACUCCAUCUAUCUAUGGCAUCCGCUUUCGAGUGUCUCGUCCAGAGUCUUAUCGGUCGCGGUGAGAGCACAGAUGCCCAUGGUGCAACUCACCAAACUCACUUGACGGUAGCCGCUAGUGAUAUUCUAAAGCCCACGAUUCUUAAAGAGAAGCCGCAGAUGGCUUUUGACGAGUACCCCUUGAUCACCAUAUAUGAGUUGGCGCUUUUUAGAUCUUUAGUUUCUUCAACCUGGCCAUCACGCCGACCACCAAGCAUCGCAUCUAUGGAAGAGCACCUGAGCACGAUGCAAAUACGAAUGGAAUGGGAGUAUGAACCCCUGAUCGGCUCAUUUCUCAAUCGCAUGAGUGAGAGACGUGUCCUCACAGAUAACUUUGAUGAAUUUCUAUACGAUCAGGCUCUAGAUGGCGCCAGGCCUUUUGUUCAAGCAAUGAUGUCCGAGAUCAAGGUCAACAUACGAGAAUCUCAGGGCUACUCGUCAAUUUUCAUGGAGAACAUGCACGAGACAUCACGCACUCUACGGAUGUAUUCACAGCAGGUCUCUGCUAUCGAAUUUCAUAGAGAAAUGGUACUCGGUCUUCUCGUCGACUGUGCAAGAUUAGCAGAGAUGCUAUGGGAAAAGAAUGCGGCUAUAAGAGAAUUUGACAGAGCUCGAUAUGGUGAGCUUAUGCUGGCAGCUCGAAAGGGCCAAGACUACAUUGACCAGAAACUGCAUGAAAGUAGUGCAGUCGGCACGACAUCGGACAAUAGUAGUGGCGAACCCAUGACUUUUGUUAUUCAUCCCACUGGCAUAAGAUUGCGGGAGCUGCGGCAGAGGUUUCAUAUUGAUCUCACACCGGAGUCUGACGAAACGAACCCAUCUGGCUCACAGCCGAAGCUCAUAGUGAACCUCCAACUGAUGGAAGCCAGUCAUGCAUCGGUCAAUGCAGUGCCAUGA